AUAUCGGUUUAGCCUAACUCAUUUUCUUCAGAUAAUACAUCGCGACCUUGCUGCCAGAAACAUUCUGGUUGGAACUUCUUACAAAAUGAAGAUAGCUGACUUCGGUCUUACUCGUACUGUCGCCUACUACUACCGAAAAAAGACCGAUGGUCGUCUGCCUGUCAAAUGGAUGGCUCCUGAGUCCCUUCUGGAACAUAAGGGAAUUCAUCUGGGUUAUUUUUUAAUCGUUUUUCCAACUCUCUUCAGCACAAAUUUGGCUACAGUAUUGGAAUCACUCAAGCACUUUGCUUUCAAAUCUAUCUGA